AUGAUUCGUACGCCACGUACGCCACCUUCCGAAACGGAAACAACAACGGGUACUGGAACAGGCGAGUUGGACAUCGAUGAGUUACGAAGGACCUUGGCUCACCAGCAGCAAGUAAUUCAACAAUUACAACAAUCACAAAGUUCACGACCACCGAGUUCAGGAAUGGCGGUCAUAAAUGAAGGAACACUAGGGACAAAUAUACCAAGCCCACCGGCAGGAAUGAUUCCAGGGCAGACAGUGGCAAUGGCAAAUCCGUUGCAAGUCGACGUCUUUUACCCGGGGCGACAGCCACUGGGAAGAUGGCUACAACGGCUAGAAGGCACCUUCAAAGUUUUUCAAAUUCGAGAGGAGGCAGACAGAGUGGCGUACCUGUUACAUUUCGUAGGAGUGGAAAUCUUCGGAAUUUUGUGCGACCGGCUGGAUCCAGUGGAUCCGUAUACGCAACGAUACGGUACGUUAGUAGAGAAACUGAAAGAGUUCUACGAGCCGGAGCUGUUGGAAAUUGCAGAAAUAUACAUAUACAGAAAGAGAAUGCAAGGCCCACAGGAGAGCGAGCGCAGAAUCCAGGCAAGGUUGUUAGAGACGGUCAACCUUACCAAGGAAUCCGCGCUGAAAAUUGCGUGCGGCAUGGAAAUGGCGGAGAAAGGAGUCAACAAAUUGAAGGAGGAAAGCCCAACGGAAGCAACCGUUGAUUUCAUAGGAGUGAAAUCAAAACAGAAGAAGACAAAGGGGUGCGGACAGGCUCACUUUACAACCAAUUGUACCCUUCCUCGGACGGUAAAAUGCAGAGAAUGCGGAGGUUUCGAACAUUUACAGAAGGUCUGCAAAAAGAAAGGCCAGGCUCAUAUGCUCGAGGAAGUUUGCAGCGUGAUGGAUCGAGAGCAUCUCGAGCACAGAGCGAAAUUUACGGUACCUCUCCAAAUCGAAAAUCGAAACGUUGUAUUUGAUAUAGAUUGCGGCUCAGCGGUUAUCCUGGUAAGCGAGAAAUGGGUGAAAAAUACGUUUCCGAAGCUACCGUUGUAUAAAACGAAUUUAAAAUUGCGUUCAUAUUGCAAACAAAAUUUCGUGCCAAGCGGUUUCGUUACAGUAAAAGUAAAAGAUGUAGAUCAAACUAAAACGUUGAAUAUGUAUGAGGUAAAAUAUGACCGAGAUCCGUUGCUGGGCCGGGAAUGGAUUAAUCAAUUGGAAAUAUUAGCUAAAGUUAAAAAUAGUUUAGUAGAAGUGGAGGAUAUUAAAAUGUUAGACACAUGUAACAAUAAAAAACUAGAUGAAUUGUUGGAAAAGUAUAAGAAUGUAUUAAGUGAAGAUUUUGCACACAUUAAGAACUUCGAAGCACAUUUAAAGUUGAAGCCGGACGCAAGACCGGUAUUUAUGAAAAAUCGGGCGGUGCCGUUUAAAAUUCUGGAAAAAGUAGGAAAAGAAUUAGAUCGCAUGGUAGAAGCCGGGAUAUUAGAAAAAGUGGAAUCGUCUAAAUGGGCCACGCCUAUCAUGCCCGUGCUAAAGAAAGAUGGUUUGAUUCGAAUUUGCGGGGAUUUUAGUGUUACCGUGAAUCCGGCUUUAAUAGUGGAUGACCAUUCCCUGUCCACGACGGAUGAAUUAUUUGCGUCAAUGUCGGAAAACACUAUUUUUUCGAAGAUAGAUUUAAAACAAGCGUAUUUACAAUUAAGACGAGCGUAG